AUGAGCACCGUUGGGCAGUGAUUGGCACCACAACUGAGAAUGUCAUUCCCCGCACCAUGCAGGUAAGCUUUAGCGAGCUUUUAGCGCGGGGCACCCGUCGCAUCCCGCCUUGCAAACCCCUGUGACUCAACCCUCCAAAACUUCUCAGCCUUUUUGACUCAAUCAAAGGAAACUCCGACCGCAAACCCGAAGGAGCCUUGACAAACACUUCGUAAUUCAACCCAAACGAUCCGAUUCUACAUUACUGUCGGUCGAAAAUUGAACCAAACCUGCCGAAGAAAAUUUGCGACAUAAAAUAGGGGAAGAGGGACGGAGCAAUGGCGACAGAAACACCAAACACCGAGCCGCCCAAGGCUGUCGAGGACAAGAAGACUCAGCAACCUGCCAAGAAAGAUGGCGGAGCGCAAAAGAAGGACGCAGCAGCUGCGCCAGCAGCAGAGGGAGGCGAAAAGAAGCUAUCCGGAGCCGAGCUGAAGGCAAAGGCAAAGGCUGAGAAGGCAGCGAGAAGAGCGAAGGCCAAGGAGGCGCAACCCGCACCACCGCCCGGCCAGGGAGGGGCUCAGCAGAGCGGAGGAGGAGACGCAAAAGGAGGAAAGUCAAAACCCCGACAAGAUGGCCCUCAGGGUGCCGGUGGUGCGAGAGGUGGUCCUGCGGUCAAGGCUGUCCCGGUCGCGAUUCCCAAGGACACCAGGCCCAAGGUCCCUGAGUGCUUCAGUCACCUGUCUAUGGCCAAAAGGAUACACAUGACGGAAGUCGAUAAGGACGUCCAUCCGGCAGUUCUAGCUUUGGGCCAGCAGAUGAGUGCGUUCGCUAUCACCGACAGUACGACGAGACUAGAGGCGACUCUGUUGGCAUUCAAGAAGGUGAUUGAUUCUUACACGACACCCCCGGGUAACACAUUCUCGCGCCACUUCACAUCACACAUCCUGAAUCCCCAGAUCGAGUACCUCUCAGCAUGUAGACCCAUGUGCUUCUCCAUGGGCAAUGCCGUCCGCUGGCUCAAGCUCCAGGUCAGCAAGAUCGACAUUGACCUGCCCGACUUUGAGGCCAAGAAGCUCCUCCGCGAGUCCGUCGACAACUUCAUCCGCGAGCGCAUCACCCUCGCGGACUUCGUCAUCGUAAAGACCGCCGCCGACAACAUCGUCGACGGCGAAGUCGUCUUGACCUACGCCCACCACCCGCUCGUCGAGCGCGCCCUCCGCCAGGCCCACACCGACGGCAAGCGGUUUUCCGUCACCGUCGUUGACGACCCCUUUGAGAGCACCGGCCGUGACCUCGCGAAGCGGCUGCGCACCCUUCAGGGCGUCGAGGUGGCGUACAGCCCCGACUUGAGCGCUAUGCGUGACCACCUCCGCGAUACGUCGCGCGUAUUGGUCGGCGCGGAAGCCAUGUUCAGCAACGGCGCCAUGUACGCCAGGGCCGGCACGAGCGAUAUUGCCAUUGCGGCGGCCGAUCAGGGUAUUCGUGUCAUGGCUCUAAGUGAGACCAUUAACUUCACCGAGAGGGUCGCCAUGGACUCCCUCACGUAUAACGAGAUCGACCCCGAGCAGAACACUGAGGAGGCUUUCAGACUGCUCUUUGACACCACCCGUGACCGUCACAUCUCGGUGGUCGUCACGGAGCUGGGCAUCACGUCACCUGUGUCUGUGCCUGCUAUUCUCCGGAAGCUGGAGGAGUUGUAGAGCAGGGAUGCGGAAACGGGGCAGGCGAUGUCUGUGGCAGCCACGAGGAAGGUUUUGAGAGGGAUCGAGGGGUUCUGCUGUGGUGUGCCCCUUUAGAUAGAUACCAGCCAUGAUAGCUCGAUUGAGGUUGCACCAUAGAUCAAUUGGGCAGAAUAAACAGUUCCGAAGCACGGGCUGAGCUUGCUUGAUGAUGAGCAUAUCCCUGGAGAUGU